UACCUAUAAAUUGCCAAUGAGGUGGAUAAGAAGGAUGAAGUGUGAAAAGUGGGGAAGAAUUUCGGAGCUGGAAUCAUGUGGAGGAACAAUCACUAGAAGUUAGUCUUGCUUCACCCCUCAGGCGAAUUCUACAGAGCUGCACCUUUCUUACUACAUAUUUCAUUUUUGUUCCAUGUGUUUCAUUUUUAUCCAAGGAGCCUAGUGUCCUGUUAUGUGGUUCCCUCUACAUAAAUCCCAAAAUAACCAUUUGUGGUUGGUUCCUUGAGAGAGUGUGAGAUAGAACAAGCUUCAUAUCGGAGUAGGUAUCUCAACCUGGAUCUUCCUGCUCAGCCAGGCACUCUAAUCAUGGCAUGAGAUUGCCUUCCUGUUUACUCAAGGGCCUGAAUUUUGUGGGUCCAUAAUUCAUCUCUUUAUUCACUCUUCAUGCUUAGUUGUGUGUCUUAUUGGUUUGGUAUGAAGAAAACAUCGUGAAGGUGACCAGAGACAAACUAAAAAUAAACGCCACAGUCCAAAGAACCUAAAUACUAUUGAACAGCCUGGGCUGUGUGUAUGUGUAACUGGUGAUAUUACCCAAUAACUCGGGCAGUAAGAAUGAAGGUAAAUGAGCCCCAGGAGCAUAUCGUCCUCAGCUGUAAAAAAUUAACUUUGUUUGCAAGAGCAAAUAUUUCAAAUGUGCUCCUGGAGUCACGAUGCUGGAUUGAAAUAUCAAAUUACUUACUGGUUUUACUGCUUUCCGAACCAGUUUCUUUGUGUUCUAGCUAAUAUGUUUUGACUGGGUUGGUGGUAAUCAUUGAAGAGUCAAAAUGAAAUCCUGGUGAUUGCUGAUGUGGCAGUGCUAAGGGAGUAGCUCUGUCCGAGGCAGUUGCACUAUGGUGUCAAAAUGUGUUGGUUUUCCCAGAGAUUUCUGUGACCCUACUGACCUGUCAGCUUUUGCCACGUUUGCUUAAAAAUGCCUUUCUGCGGAAGAACAGCAGGUGUGGGCUAAUCCUUAUCCCUCCCCCUCUUUUAAGCAGUGCCGAUCUUUGCGUUACAGGGCACCUCCCAUCUCCUGUGUGACUUCCAGCAUGGCUGGUUUGAACGUCUCCAUAGCCUUUUUCUUCUCCAUUGUCGCCCUUUGUGAGGUGACCAGGAGGCUCUCCAAGAGAAUUUUUCCACCUAAGAUGUACUCGUGCUUUGCUAGCGAACUGGCCAGCUCAUUCCAGCUGUGUGCUUGCUGCCUGGAGCUAAAGAUGCUUGUGGAGAUUGGUCCAUGGGGUGGUGGCUUUGGCCCAGAUGUGAGCUUCACACUCCUCUUCCUUCUCUUCUUGGUUCAUGGUGCUUCUUUUGAUGGAGCUUCUGCCAACCCUGCCGUCUCACUCCAGGAAUUUUUAGCUUUGGAUUCUCCUUUUGUGGCCACAGCUGCCAAACUCUUGGUCCAGUUUAUGGGGAUGAUGGCAGCUGGUGCCUUGACCAAGCUAUAUUGGUCCAGGGAACUGACAGACUUCCACAUGAUUCAAAACUUAAUGGCCCAAGACUGCAGCUCAUCGCUCAGAACAUCUGUCUCCCAUGGCAUCUUUGUGGAGGCCACAUGCUCAUUUUUUUUCAACGUAGCGAUUCUCAGGUUCCGAUCCAGUUCUCCCAUGUACACAGCCCCUGUCAUUGCACUCACUGUUACUGCCUUGGCCUACACAGCUGCACCUUUCACAGGAGCCUUUUUUAACCCUGCCCUGGCAUUUGCUGUGACUUUUUCCUGUUCUGGGAACAGCUUACUAGAGUAUAUGCAAGUGUAUUGGUUGGGGCCCACUGCAGGGAUGCUGGUAGCUCUGUUCGUGUAUCGGGGGAACAUCCCACGACUCUUUCAGACAAACCUGCUGUACAGUCAAAAGAACAAAUACAGGAUCCCCAAGGGAAAAGCAAUUUCAGUGUCUGGUGCUGAACAAAGACAGCCAAAAACACAGAAGGCGACCAGCUGCUCAGGACCAUCUGACAGAACAGAGUGAAAGAGAUUGGCAUUGGUGGGUGGCACUGGGGGUCCUUUCAGUCUUUGAUUGUUAUUAUUUGGCAUGAGGAAGAAGACCUUGAGCAUCUCUCUGUGUUCCUGAGGUCGCUUGUAGUGCAUUCUGGCUGGAAAGAGGGACAAAAAGUCAUCUCUCAUGUGCUGCCAUAUCACCAGUGUAUUGCGUUGAGCUAGGUCCUUGCAAAGGUCUGUAGAAGUAAGACCCUUAACAUUCCAUACAUUCAGGUUGUCUUCUUAGUGCCCUGUUCUGGAUAUUUUUCAUUCUGUAGCAUUCUUAUGAAUGGGUGGGAUGAUGUAGUACCUUGUGGCCCUCACCCAGAGAAAGUUAGCUAUCUUCAGUGCUUUUUUCCUAUGGGUAUGCAGGGGUACGCAUACCCCAAAACAUUUUAUGAAUCUUUGUACUUUUGUCCAUUUACUGUAUUUAUUUUCCCCGAUUUGAAAUAUUUUCUUGAGUCAAAAUGAAAGUACCCCUAAGAAAAAAAGCACUGGCUAUCUUUAUGUUCUGUGAUAUGUGAUAAAUAAGGGAGGAGCCUGUGGCCCUCUGUAUGUUGUUGGACCCAAGCUCCUAUCAGCCCCACCCACUGUGGCAAAGUGGGAAAGGAUGAUGGGAGCUGUAGUCCAAGUUCCCCAGCCCCAUUAUAUAAUAUGGUGGGAUCUUUGGCAUUCUUGAAUGUACAGGCAACUCGCAACUCACAUGCAUUCAAGUCGUGAGGGACCCUACACAUGUGUGACGUUUUUGGCGCUGAAAGCUGGUGGGGGCAGAAUAGGAUCAGAAUUUGGUAGCGUGGGGACAAAAUAGACCAGAUCGGACCAGAAGGGACUUACAUGCAUCCCACUGACUCAUAUCGCGGCCUGGAACAGAACUCCUGCGUAAGUGAGGAUUCCUCCAUAGGUGUUAAUAAGGGUUUGGCACUUAAAUCAUAUAUUUGAUGUCAUAUGAAUCAUAUGAUUUCAUGAGAGAGCUGCUGGAACUGAGUUCUGGUGAGUUCUGGCUGAAAAAAGCCCUGGGUAUUUUUUUGCACUUGUGUAAUGCACUGGAAGUGUGCAACAGCUUUUUUGUGUGUGCAAUUGCUUAUUCAUUAGAUUUUUCACCUACCCUUUACCAUGAGGUCUCAGGGUGGGUUACAGCAAUUUAAAAACACAAUCUUUAAAUUAGUUUAAACAAACCACAGUCAAGAGAACUGAGUGCUCCCACCCCAAAAUGUGCUAAUAAGCUUCCAACGGUGACAGCAGAUGUACAACAGCUGACUUACUGGCUAAAAAAAAAGUAUUUUUAUUAAAUUUCCAAAAAGAAUCCACAUAAAAUACCAGUGCAUAUUACAAACUUUUUUCUUUCUUUUGUAUUGUCAACUAAUAUUGACUGACUUUUCAUGGUAAAGGGAAAUCCAUAUUCAAUCUGGGCAGGGGGAAGAGUACAGGUAUGGCGACAUCACAUAGACAACGCUGAAAGUCAAUGAACAGCCCCGAUUCACAAGCAACACUCCAUCUGGAAUUUGACCCUUGCACCUGUGUUGCACCUUGAACUUACCCUGUAUCCUUUUGCACCCUCACUUUCUCUACCCUUGAGUACAUAAGGGACAAUAAAUACACAAUCAUUCAAUAUAUUCCUUGCAUAACUCUUAACAAUGUGUUCUUAUCAGCUGAUCUGAAUUAAGCCAUUUGCAAUGGGGAAAGCACAUCUCUCUCUGUAAACAAUGAGUAAGGUAAACAAUUUGUUCAAUUGCUUAAAUGCCAACCGAUUGCCCUCGUUACAAAUUAGAAGUAUGAUCCAGCUAAAUUAAGCACUAAGGCUGCAAGCCUAACUCCACAUACUUGGCUAGAAGCCCCACUGAAUUCAAUAGGGCUCAUUUCUGCAUCUGAUGAAGCAUGUUGAAGAUUGUUCUGUAAGACUACAAUCCUGCUUUGCAUAUUUUUUUUGGGGGGGGGGAGUAAGCCCUGAUUAUCUAUGGAAAUCCAUUCUUAACUCUGUCCUUGAAAUCAGUUUGCCUUUGAAAAGUGUCCGUUUCCAUGUUGUGUCUGCUUUCUCUCCCCCUCCCCCCCCAAGAGACAUGAUUGUGAUAGUUUAAAAGGACCUUGUGGUCAUAUUGAAAGUGUCAAAUAGAACCAAUACUCUAAUAGCAGAUGGGGAAGUAGUCUUCAGAGUAGAGUUGGCCACACAUGAUGAGAAAUCCUUUAACGUACUGACCCACACAAAACUUAAUUUCAAGUUGGUUGUCAGGAUUUGGGCCUGGGGGGUAUUAUUUAUAUCUAUUAGAAAUUCCUUCUCUAUUGGCAGUGCUUGAUGUUUGAUGAUAAGCCAAUUGCUAAUAAAAUAGAUUUUUGUUCAGUUCAACUUAAUGUGAAUUAAUUAUUGCUUGGUUACUUCUAGCAUUUUUAUUGUGUAUUCUUUUAUAUUUGUAUAGUGGUUUCCUACAGUCAGCUUGCUUAU